AUGCAAGGAAGCGAGAGCAACAGUGUGCGUCGCCUCUCACCUGCCUUUCACCGGCCAAGGCCAUGUCCCACCGUUUUGGAGGUUACCACGGACGACGCAUCCCCGUUGCCCUGGCAACCGGCGAAGCUUGCCGCUGGCGCAUGCGUGGUCCGCCUGCAGACGAUGACGUCACGGCGGUUGGGCUCCGCCCCCUAUUGGCUGACGGCCGGCCUGCUUGGUGCCGCCAGCCUGUUGCUAGUCUACCGGCUGUGCGCCUUCCACGCGGUUAAGACAGUGUGCGCCUUUUUCGGGCAAGCUCGCUCGCCAACGUUCGCACUUCAGUCCCAUCUGCUCGAAUCAUCGCACUUGAUCAACGGAGCGACGAUUUGUUGA